AUGGUGUCAGAUGGAUGCCCAGGCACUGAAGAGGAAGGGAGGCUGAAAGCCUUUCUCGUCCACCUUCGCAUUGAGGCUAGUAUUCUUGACCGGAUGGUCUACAAGAAUAAGAAUCAGCACCGCCGCUGCCACUACUUCCAAUCCCUGCUUAAGGUAGCAUGGUAGCUUUUCCCACUAUUUCCAACAGGCAACUUCAGAGCUUGUUGGUGAAUUUCCAUUUACGUUAAUUUAAUUUUCAGGUGAGGAGAGAUGUUCAACUUCUAUUGUCUGCUAGGCUGGAAGACAUCUUGACCUCUACAUCCCAAGUCAUCCAUGGAAGGAACCCUGCUCAAAGGAUUUAUCUUCUUGAAAGGUAAUCUGGGUCUUUUUCUUUCUGUUGAUUUAAUUUUUGAGGCAUCUAUAACUCCUAUAUUUUUGGUAUUUUAGAAUCCUUUCACCAUAAAUAUCUUCGCACCUGAGUAGUUUCAUUUCCACUCACAUCCAUUUCUUUAUUCCAUGUCAUCAAACUUCCUGGCUCUAGGUGUAUGAGGCAGUUGCUCACUCCCCCUUUUAGAGUCACUCCCUUUUUGAUAUGAGUAAAGAGCGAACAGUGUUUGCCAAAGGCUUGAAGCACAUUCACAUUAACCUUCUAACACGCCAUCUCAAACUGGUGCCUAAAUACCUGUCAUGGUCAACGGACCAAAUCUGUCAGACUGGUGCAGUAAUAUAUCUAUUUCCCUUUUUUUUAUAUAGAAGAUCCUUGUUAGUAAAGUAAACCCUCUUUAUAUCAAGAUUCUCAAGCCAACAUCUCAUUGAUACUUCUUCAGUUUCUGUAUGACUUGACUCGUCUUUACUGAAACGAAUGCAAUUUUAGGUGUGGUUACUGUUAAAUAAAUCAAUUCACAUGUUAGUUGUCCAUAUUUUAUCAGUCGUCAUUGAAGUUCUCCUAGGAGUAUCUGUUGGGCUUAGCUCCCAACGUUAUAGUCUUUUAAAAUAGAUCCAUUAUGCUUUGAGAUAAAGGAGUCUCUGUUCCAUGAGAAUACUUUUAUUCACAAGAAGUAUCUCAUUUGUCUAGAUGAGAUAAAGGAGUCUCCUUUGUCAUUUACCUCAUGAGAUAAAGCAUCACUUAUAUCAUACUAUAAUCUUCAAUGUUGUUAUGUCUUCUCAACGUCUUCAAAGUCAUUGUUAGAUGGCAUCUUAUCAUUCAUUUAGAAUCAGAAGGAUGGCAACUUUGAAUGUUUCCUGACAAAUAAAUACAUUUAGCCUUUUGGAAAUGCAAAAUGAUAGGAGCAAGAGACUCUGGUUGCCGAUGAUACACUUAUAUGAAAAUGGUAGGAGGAUUGGAAGGAAAGACAGUCAAAGGUGACGUAAUGAGUUAUAGUUAUUAAUAAGUUGUAAUUUCAUUGUUAUCAAUAAUGUACAUGAUAAAUCUAUUGGAUGGACUUUGAUAUCUUUGAUUCUAUUUGUGUGAGCACAUAUGAGCGACUAAUAUUAGCAUUUCCACCAUUGGCCGACUGUAAUUUAUGUCAAGAAAUAAUUAUAAGGUUUUUUUAAUGUUAUGUUCAUUAGAAUGAUAUUUCAUGCUAGAUGUUUUAUUUCUAUUCGGUUCAUAAUUUAUACCAUUGAGGAAAUUUAAUGAGUAUUUAUUUUUUCAUUUUUCUUCGAAUAUACGUACAUAUUGUGACAUUUAUCAGACAUUUGAUUAGUUAUAUAGUUUAAUUGAUUUAAAGUCAGCAUAGUCUAAUUGGCUUAACUUAAACUAUUUGAGCGAUUUGUUUAUCCAAUUUCAAAUGCUAAAACCUGAUGAAUGGAGAAGGACAUCCCAAUGUAAAUGAUCCAGAGAGAUGCUUUGGUUCCUCUUUGAGGGUGGUGAGGCUGAACAAUCAUGUUUUUGAAAGCCAGGGUAAUGACUGGCCCCUUUUUGAAAAUUUCCUAAUUCUCUUUUUAUAUCAACACAUGGGAAAAAAAUGUCUUUCAAGUGCUGAAAAGCCUUUUUGUUUAAGAAUGGGAUAUUUUUGGGAAGAAACUCAACAAUGAAGAGGAAUUCUGUUUCUUAAUAUUUAUGUAAAUGGGAUGAUAGAGGAUUUCGUCGAGUGGAAUUAUAAAGUUCGCUGUGAAAAUUUUGAGCGGCCAUGCACAGACUCACCAGCUUUCCUUACAUCUAAUUUUAUAUUGACAUCAUCCCACCAGGUGUAUGUUAGUUAUUAUGAUGUGUAAUUCAUUUAUAAACGAAUAUCGUAUGGACACCAUCACAAAUUUCCCGAGUCACAUACAUUAGGAGGUGGUUAGGUUUGGUCCUCCUGCGUAGUAUUUAAGUAUUCGAAAUUUAUAGCGGAUAGACCAUGAUGGAGGCACAUUUAUUUCUGUCAUAGUGGUUAGAAUAUUUCUGUGAAAUUGUUGUUUGAUGUAUAGUACUUUGAUGCUUCAAUUCUGCCAAAUAAAAAAAAAAGGACAAAUGAAACUUUCCUUUAUCAAUCAUUAUCCCUCUACCUUUACUAGAUCCUUGAUUUUGCAUGAUUUUCAUGCUGUUGUCACUCCAGACUCAAAAACCGGACACUUAGAGGAACUAAUAAUUUCCAUGAGCGAUUGUUGGGGGUUGCUCGCUUACUAUCCCAGGUACCGACUGUCACUAGGUUUUCUUUCAUUGGUUUUUGAGAUGUUUUCUAUUUACUUUGUUCUUCCCAUAGUUCUCUCUCACUUUAUUUACAUAUAAAUGCCUAUGUUGUGCUGAUUGUUUUGCUAUAGGUGAGGUAAAUGCCAAUCUCCUUCUUUGAGCUAAUAAAAUAAAACUUUAGCUGAUUUCGAGUUAUCCUAUCGCUAUACAUCUUUCUUUUAUUUUCAAUAUUGUUCUAAUAAAAAUCUCAUUCCAAGCGUUUUUCAUUGAUGUAAGUUGUCAUGCCAUUUUUGCUCUUACCAACGAUGUAUCAUGGGCAUGGUAUUCAACUAUUUUGUUGAACCAUUUCCGUGAUGCUGUUAUAACUUAAUGUGGCUACUCUAAAUGAGUCAUCCCUUAUUUCAUUGCUCAAUAAAAAGUGAUAAAAAAGAAGGAAACGAGAACGAGCUAUUCCCAUUGGUCAUUUUAUGAUUACUGCACAUUAUCCCCAGAUUUGGAUCCUCGGGAGCUCCGUGACAGUUUUGCUAGCAGAACCAGAGAAGGUUCUCUUGUUUGUGCCUUUAUCACUAGAUAACUCCUUAUUCAUCUUACAAGACAUGUUUCUGCUGACUUAUUCAUCCGACUCGGUAAGACUUGUAGAAUUUAGAUGAUAAUAUACCUCUUAUACAUGUUAUAAUUGGUUGAGUUGUUUGGUUAAAGUUUUAAAAUCUCGACCAUAGAUGGUUUAGUUGGAUUUUAAACAGAGUUAAGGCAUAUUUUCUUGUUCACUCUCUUUUUAGUACCAGGCUAUCCAACCCUGGUGCACGAUAUUAAUAUCAAGUUUAACAUCAGCAUAUGGAACUUUUGUUGUUCUCAUUUUACCGGAAUGCAUGGAUUAAUCUGAUUCUUAUCUUGUCAUGUUGAUUAUGACGAGGAUACUGAGAUCUAUAAGCGUUUGAAAAAAAAUUGCUAUUGAAAUAAUUACUUCUGAACAUAUAUUUUCGUCAUUGAUUAGCUUUCGUAUCGGUUUAACAUCAGCACGCUGAACAGAUUUUUUAUAUUGUCGGUUCAGAUUAAAAGCACAUUAGGAUUGGAAACCAUCGAACACUGCAGACCAAUCAGUCAGAUCAUUGAGCAUCCAAUCUGUCUACAACUAGUUUGAUCAAGUGAAACUUUAAGUUCACUAGUCUCUGGAUCUGGAUACUUAACUGAUACUACAUUAGAAGAGAAACGAGAAAGGAAGUUCCUCUUUAUCGCAGAGUUUGAUUGGUUCCACAUUUAUCUGUUCUCUGGUUGUCACUUAAGCUGGACUGUUGAAUUUAUGGUCUCUAGGAUCCUCAUCUUCAGAUUUUGCAAGUUUCUCUUUAUUCUAUGCCCAUGUGAAACAAACACAAUGAUAAAUGUAGGUGCGAAACUUUUCUCCCUAAGAAAGACAUAUUUGUGAAGUUUUUUGCUUUAUUGCACUCCCCUAUGACUUUUUGAACCUAAUGAGACAUUACGUAACUAUGAGAAUCAUCAUAAUGAUAAUUCCUUCUUUCCCUUUCAUUAAAUUAGAAGGUGAUUUAGUGGUCGCUUUGUGUUGCAGAUAGUCGAAGCAAUCCUGAGAGCAGCCACGUAUCCUUUAUUUUUAAUUCACGCCAAUAUUUUAGUUUACGAUCCAUUUUACUGCAUAAUCUAAUUGUUGUUAGAAAAUAUCUUUCUAAUUAAACAGCAGAAAACUUUUCAUGCUGCUUAUUAUGUCCGAGGUACUGGUUUCUGGUUGCCAAUGUUGUUUAUCUUAAAUCUGUAGGGUAAUUUUUUUGAUGUCAAAUUGAUGGCAUUAUUUUCUCUGCAGUACAAAGGCAUCAAUUUUGCUCGUGUGCUUGCAUGUCAUUGUUCAGUGUCAUUUAACCAUUGAUGUUGAGUUUCUCCUUCUUUGUCCAUCAAAAAGUGAGAAGUGUUCAGAGAGCUAACUGUAUAAUUAGUUAGACUUUCAAAUUGCCUUCAAUAGGGGUUAGUCUACUCAUUUGGAAGCCAUUUGAAUGUUACACGAACAUUUUCGCUAUCAUGUUUUUAUCAGGCCAUAUCGUAGACUGUAAAAUACUAAUUGCAUUGCUAUUAGCUUUUUUUUUUCUUCCGGUUCUCCAAAGAUAGUUCAGUGUGCUUCAAAGGGUUUGUCAGUGAUGAGUUAUGUGCAUCCUCUACAAUAUUUUCAGCCAGAUAUCUUCUCUGCUCGCAAAAUCAUUCUUCAUGGGAUUUUCUUUGACAAUACUGUCACUGCUCGCACGCCUCCGAGUUCUUGUUCAACAAGUGAGUGUGGUAGCUGCUUGCUUGAAUUUUCAUUUAUUCUUUUAAUUCAUUAGAGCAGUAAACCAUUACCAAGAAUUUGGUUGACUGUGUACCAACCUUCUGUUUUUUUUUUUUCUGAACUUUUUGGAUAGAUGUUGGUCGAUUGUGUAUCAAUAUUUAAAAAAGUUUCAUCUUUAUCUCAAGAGAGGCACUCAGUGAACCUUACCAAGAAUGGAAUUGAGGUUUGUCCUGUCCGUGCCCUUUCCCUAGUUUGAUGCGGUAAUUUCUUCUGUGCAUGUUCUCCUUAGAAUGUGCAUCAAUUUGGUCUGUGAUUCACUUCAGAAUAUGAUACUCCUGUUGUCUCCACUGGAAUUUCAUUCAUUCUUCCUUGACUAAUGCAGGCUUUUAGGGAGUAUUACCCACCCAGUGGGCCAAUCAUCUCCUUGGAGUGUGCAUGGGAAGGAGACAAGUUUGUAUUGAUUGAGAGGGAGCAUUUCAAUAACAGAGAUGAGAAGGAUUUCGGAGUUGCCUCUUUAGAAGCCCCAGAUAUGCAGUACGAAGUUCUUGGAUUUGAAAGUGAAGGUUCAUCCAUUUUUCAACCUUCUCCUUGUAGAGUCAAUGUUAGGCAUUCUCCAUUUCUAAAUUGGGCAAAAUUGUGUGACUCCAGAUGGUUCCUGGGAUCAUGGAAACUCCCUAAUUUAUAUUACUAUCAUGUUUCCCUGUUUAUAUUUGAUAUACCCUGAUAACCUUACCAUUCCAGCAUGAUUUCUGUUUAUUUCUUAUGUAUCAUGAGCCGAUUCCUGACCUAUUUUGAUAUAGUUAGUAUAAUAAUAAUAAAAAACGUAUACUCGAGUUUUGUGACAGUGUCUUGUUUGGGAUUGGAUCUUUUCUUGAGAGCUGAACUCUAUCUAUUUACUUCAGAGGAUGCUGGUGAUCGCCAAGACCCAGAGAAUAUCACAAUAAAACCUCUUGGAGAAGUGCCUUGCGAAGUUGAUCCCCAAAUAGCAGGGAUUCCUGUCUCAACUCCCAAACUGAUUAAUGAUCCAAGCCUGAAAAGAAAGGUGGCCUUUGUUUCGGUGACAAGAACCUCUGAAGAGAGCAAAAUCAGACGAGACAAGAAGCCAAGAUUGGACGAUAUGCCGAGUAGUAACCCGCAAACAGGUGACUCUAAAGAUCCCUUUUUUAAUAUGCUCACUGCCGUAAAUGUAAAGGGUAGUCUGUUUUGA